CGUCUUCCCUUUUCAACCAUGUCUUUUCCAGCAUUACGGCUUUUUCCACUUCCGCGACGAUGUGUGCCCUGCUGGCUUGCCCAAUCGUUUCCGAAGGGGCACAGGAUACCAACUUUGAGCAAUACUCGCUUCGUUUCGAGCUCUCGAACUCAAUCCAUCCUUCCCGUCCAGAAAUCCUGGGUUGAAAACUUACCAACGAAAAUGAGACCGUAUCUCUAUCUGAGUAGAAUAGACAAACCUAUUGGCACAAUGCUUCUCUUUUAUCCCUGCGCCUGGUCCAUUUCAAUGGCUUCAUACGCGCUUCAGGUACCCUACACCAUACCAGUAACCUUCAUCAGUCUCUUUGGCAUAGGAGCAUUCAUAAUGCGGGGUGCUGGGUGCACGAUAAAUGAUAUGUGGGAUAAACAUCUUGACAAAGCUGUGGAAAGAACGCGGGAGAGGCCCUUAUCACGAGGAGAUAUCACUACUCCACAAGCUGUGUGUUUCCUUGCAACUCAAUUGUCAGCCGGACUCGCCGUGUUGCUACAAUUCAACUGGUAUAGCAUCCUCCUGGGAGCUGCGUCUUUAUCUGUGGUUACAAUAUACCCCCUCAUGAAACGCGUUACACAUUGGCCACAGGCCGUUCUCGGUGGGUUCACUCGCUUUGGCUCAACGUCACUCAUUAAAACACCUUGUCAAGGUUUGGCUUUCAACUGGGGAGCCCUCUUGGGCUGGUCUGCUGUUGCAGGCGUUACCAAUUGGAGUGUUUGCAUACCACUAUAUGCAGGGGGCGUCUGCUGGACCCUAGUCUACGAUACCAUAUAUGCUCACCAGGACAAAAAUGACGAUAUCACUGUUGGCAUCCGUUCCACUGCUCUUCUGUUCGGUGACCAUACGCGUUCAAUACUUGGUAGUCUCUCGGUUGCCUCGGUAUCUCUAAUAUCCUACGCCGGAAUUCUUAAUUCUCAAGCCGCGCCCUUCUACUGUGGUGUGGGUCUCGGCGCUUUACAGUUAGCCCGUGUCCUAUAUGAGACGGACUUUGAGAGUCGAUCUAGUUGCUGGAAAAGUUUCGUUGGCUGUGGCUGGGCCGGUUUUUGGAUAUGGAUAGGUACUUUGUGCGACUACGUCUUCUCCGUAGCCGGGUUCUUAUCGUAGCUGCGGGUAAGCAAAGAUCAUGUCAUUACAUGGAACCCAUUACCGUAUAUACGUCAUAAGUAGCACAAAAAGUUGGAACGCUAUUUAAUUGUGGUCGUGAUGGAGUG